GAUCCCCCCAUUUGUAAAGCGCUGCCCUCAGCCCUAGGCAUCUGGAUUUUAUGUUUUUGUUUGUGUAACGAGCUCUCAUUCCUUUUUAGUCGCGACAGCGCCCUAACAGCUUCAGGCGCUAGAGUUUUGUUUGUUUUUCUUUUUGGUCUCGGUGCACCACAUCUAAGUGAGGGACACGUGUCACUAACCAUCUCCUCCCCCAACUCCGCCUUUUGUUUUUCUUGCAAAACCGUGCCCAGCGACUCCUGACAGCAGGACUCUCUCUCUUUCUCUCUCUCUCUCACCUUGCCUGCCUCAUACUCUUUCUUGAUAAUUUUAAAAUGGGACAACAACUAACCACCCCAUUAAGUCUGACUAUAGAUCACUGGAGAGAAGUUAGAGGCAGAGCCCACAACCAGUCGCUGGAGAUCAAGAAGAAUCAAUGGAUAACGCUCUGCUCCUCAGAAUGGCCAUCCUUCAACGUUGGGUGGCCACGAGAUGGGACUUUUGAUUCAGAUGUCAUUUUACAGGUCAAAGCCAAGGUAUUUUCAGAAGGACCAGCCGGUCAUCCUGACCAGGUGGCCUACAUCAUAACCUGGGAAAAUCUGUCACUCGACCCCCCACCAUGGGUGACCCCCUUUCUAACUAGGCCGGGGGUGACCCCCUCUGCUCCUCUUACUCCUGGCUCUUCCAGCUUAUUGCCAGUGGUAGUAAAGCCUAAGCCAGUUCUGCCUCCAGAUGAAGACGGACCCAUGGACCUUAUGAACGAGAUUCCCUCUCCAUUCCAUCCUCCCCUGCAAGCCGCCGCUGCAGCUCCAGAGAUCGGCUCACAGGAGGAGGGGCAUCCAGAAGCAGCUCCCUCCCCCAUUGCGGGACGCUUGCGAGGCCGCCGAGGGCACUCAGAUCCCGCCCAUCUCUUUCCCCUUCGUUUGGUGGGAGGGGAGGAAAAUCAGUACCAAUAUUGGCCUUUUUCUGCCUCAGAUUUAUAUAACUGGAAAACCCAUAAUCCCUCUUUUUCUGAGGACCCGCAGGCUCUGACGGCCCUAAUAGAGUCAAUUCUUCUGACUCAUCAGCCCACCUGGGAUGAUUGCCAGCAGCUCUUACAGGUUCUCCUGACCACAGAAGAGAGACAGAGAGUAUUCUUGGAGGCCCGGAAGCAUGUGCCGGGCCAAGACGGGAGACCCACGCAGCUGCCGAAUGAAAUAGAUAUGGCCUUCCCUCUUAACAGACCUGCAUGGGAUUUCAAUUCAGCUGAAGGUAGGGGACACCUACGUCUUUAUCGUCAGUUGCUUGUAACGGGCCUCCAGGGGGCAGGAAAGCGCCCCACCAAUUUGGCUAAGGUAAGAUCAGUUAUGCAAGGAGCGGAUGAGCCUCCAACUGUCUUUUUGGAGAGGCUCAAAGAGGCCUAUAGGAGAUACACUCCGUUUGAUCCAGACAGUCCAGAACAAGAAGUGAGUGUGUCUAUGUCCUUUAUUUGGCAGUCUGCCCCCGAUAUUCGGAGCAAACUGCAGAGGUUGGAGAACCUGCAGGGACAAGGCCUCAGAGAUUUGGUAAAGGAGGCAGACAGGAUCUAUAAUAAAAGAAAAACCCAAGAAGAAAAGGAAGAACGAAAUAAAAGGGAACGAACCAAAGAGCUAAGUAGAAUCCUGGCCACCGUAGUAGGGCAAGAGAAAAAGAGGUAUAGGGGUGGCAGGCGAGGCGGCCAUCUAGGGAGAGACCAAUGUGCUUACUGCUGGGAAAAGGGACAUUGGGCAAGGGAUUGCCCCAAGAACCCCAAGAGACGAGAAAAACCCAACGAGAGCGGAACCAAGAUCCUCCAACUUGAUUAGGGGGGUCGGGGCCAGGACCCCCCACCUGAGCCCAGGGUAACUCUCCGAGUGGGGGGAGAACCAGUCACUUUUAUGGUGGACACUGGGGCACAACAUUCUGUCCUCACCCAGACGACUGGCCCGCUUAGUAAGAAAACAACAUGGGUAGAAGGAGCUACUGGGGCCAAGCGCUACCGCUGGACCACAAACAGGGAGGUUCAGCUUGCUUCAGGAACGGUGACUCAUACCUUCUUGCAUGUACCAGACUGCCCCUACCCCCUGCUAGGACGGGACUUACUAACCAAGUUUGGAGCACACAUCUAUUUUGAAAAUAAGGGGGCCAAGAUUACUGAUUCUAAAGGAGCACCUAUACAAGUGCUCACCCUUAAACUAGAAGAUGAGUACAAACUUCAUGAUGACCCAAGGCCAACCCCAGAGAAUAUAGAUCAAUGGUUGGCUAAAUACCCAGAAGCUUGGGCUGAGACUAAUGGCAUGGGACUGGCUAAACAGCAACCUCCCUUGGUUAUUAGUCUGAAGGCCUCUGUCACGCCUGCCAAUGUUAAGCAGUACCCCAUGACAAUCGAGGCCCAACAAGGGAUCAGACCUCACAUCAAGAGGCUGCUUGAACAAGGUAUACUUAUUCCCUGUCAAUCUGCAUGGAACACCCCCUUGUUGCCUGUAAAAAAACCUGGUGGUACUGACUAUAGGCCGGUGCAAGAUCUGAGGGAGGUCAAUAAGCGGGUUGAGGAUAUUCACCCAACGGUCCCUAACCCCUACAACUUACUUAGCACCCUGCCACCCAGCCAUGCAUGGUACACAGUACUAGACUUGAAGGAUGCCUUCUUUUGCUUAAAGCUCCAUCCCUCCAGCCAGCCGCUGUUUGCCUUCGAAUGGAAAGACCCUGAGUUAGGGCUUUCCGGUCAACUCACCUGGACGCGGCUCCCACAGGGGUUUAAGAACAGCCCGACCCUCUUUGAUGGGGCCCUACACCAGGAUCUAGCUGCCUUCAGGACUCAGUACCCCCAUCUAAUCAUACUCCAGUAUGUGGAUGACAUCUUGCUGGCUGCAGAGACUAAGGAGGAAUGCUUGGAAGGUACCGGGGCUCUCUUACAGGAACUGGGCCAAUUGGGCUACCGGGCUUCUGCUAAAAAGGCCCAGCUUUGCAAAAAGGAGGUAACCUAUUUAGGAUACCAACUAAAAGAAGGACAGAGAUGGCUGACUAAGGCCCGUCAGCAGACCAUCCUGAGCAUCCCGGCCCCCAAGGAUCGAAAACAGGUGAGAGAGUUUUUGGGGACUGCUGGAUUUUGCCGGUUAUGGAUUCCAGGAUUUGCUGAGAUGGCGGCCCCUUUAUACCCUCUCACCAAGGCAAGUGAAGGUUUUACUUGGGAAAAUGAACACCAGCGAGCUUUUGAGAAUAUCAAGCAGGCCCUGCUGACUGCGCCUGCGCUAGGACUGCCAGACCUUAAUAAACCCUUUGAACUAUAUGUAGAUGAAAAGACUGGGUAUGCAAAGGGGGUCCUGACACAAAAACUGGGACCUUGGAGGCGACCUGUCGCCUAUCUCUCUAAGAAACUAGAUCCUGUGGCAUCAGGUUGGCCUCCAUGUCUUAGAAUGGUGGCAGCCUUAGCAGUUCUGGUCAAGGACGCUUUUAAACUCACUCUGGGACAGCCUCUUUGCAUACGGGCUCCCCAUGCGUUAGAGUCCCUAAUCAGACAGCCACCAGACCGUUGGCUCUCUAACACCCGCAUGACUCACUAUCAGGCCUUGCUACUGGACACCGAUCGCAUCCAGUUUGGGUCUCCAGUAGCUCUCAACCCUGCUACCUUGCUCCCCUCGACCGAAGAGCCAGAUCAUCAUGACUGUCUCCAGAUUCUGGCAGAGGUUUUCGGUACCCGACCAGACCUGAAGGACCAGCCGCUGGACAACGCAGACUACACUUGGUACACCGAUGGGAGCAGCUUCCUAAAGGGAAGCCAACGUCGGGCAGGAGCAGCAGUCACGUCAAAAGACAAGGUAAUAUGGGCCAAGCCGCUACCUGAAGGAACUUCAGCGCAAAAAGCAGAACUGAUAGCCUUAACCCAGGCCCUGCGCCUGGCAGAAGGAAAAAGCCUAAAUGUCUAUACAGACAGCCGAUACGCCUUUGCGACGGCCCACAUCCAUGGAGAAAUUUACAGAAGAAGAGGUCUCGACCUCUGAAGGAAAAGAAAUCAAAAACAAGGCCGAGAUCAUCGCCUUGCUGGAUGCCUUGUUCCUGCCAAGAGAGCUCAGCAUCAUACACUGUCGGGGGCAUCAGAAAGGAGACCAACCGGAGGCAAGAGGCAAUAGACUGGCUGA